AUGGUCGGGGAAACCGAGAAAACUCUUCUCCUCACUUUCCUCUUCAAAGAUAUGAGGACUUUGUGGUGCUCACUCUCCUCAGCUGAGGUGUAACACGCCUCAUAGCGUGAGACUUCUGGGUCUGGGAAUCCGAGAAAAGUCUAAUCACUUUCAUCUUCAAAGAUAUUCAGGACCUUGUGGCGCUCACUGGUGCGUCAAUCGACUCUAGGGGGUUAAGGUGUGAGAUAUAGAAAACGCACAUAUAUGUUCGGUAGUUCAGAAGGGCCCAUCUCCUCCACCAUUCUAUAUGGUCCUUGCCAUUUAGGAGUGAGCUUGGGUCCAGAAUAAUUUGUCAGCUUUUGAGUACGGAUGGGAGUGUAGCCACACCCAAUCACUGACCUGGAACUGCAUGUCUCGUCUCGUCUUAUCAUAGUUCCUCCUCUGCUUGAAACAUGCCUUGAUCAGGUACUUUGAGACAAGAGCUCUUAAGUCGUGCAGAUGGUCAUAGCACGCAGGGUCCUGAGUAACCGGUUGAAGCUGCAAUACCAAGGGUCCUCAGAGGGCUUAGGUUCACCUCUGCAGGGGUGACUCCAGAAGACUCUCGCAAGGUUGGUCUGUGGGUGGUAGGCCGUGGUCAACUUCUGUCUCAGGUUCCAUCUUUGGCAGGUCUCCUCAAAGAGAUCGGAGACGAAUUGGAGAGUUCAGGAUCUCACGAAAGAGUCAGGAUCUAUUUUUGUGAGGAUGUUAGAGACUGUCCUUGCUGUGGCCCGUCGAAGGGCAAAGAGCUCCACCCACUUGGAACGGUAAUCGACAAAAGCAAGCAUGUGCACAUUCUGAUUUGAACUUCUAGGAAAUGAACCAAUCAAAUCCAUUUCUAACAUUUCCUAAGGUCAGGUAACCACUGUUACAAAACUGACAGUAUCGGAUGUGUGACUUUACAUCUAGGCCAGUGCAGUGGUGCUUUCAACCGCUUGUAGGUUUUGAACCUGCUCAAAUGACCAGCUAACGGGUCUUUCAUGGAAAUGUUGCAGCAGUUGAAGGCGUAGAGGUUCAGGUAUGUACACUUGGUAGAGUGUUCUGUGAGGUAGUUGCACAACUCGGUAAACUUUGUCCUCAGUGACGGUCAGGGUUGUGGUAGAAUUUACUAUAUUUUCUCCAUCUUCCAGGAUAGUCUGGUAUAGCGCCUGUACUACUAUGUCAUCCUGUUGGGCCUUCCAUAUGGACUUAUCAGACAUGGGAAAGUUAGUCUUGGGUGAGUCUCGACUGCUAGACAGGACAGUAGCACGUGUGAGAUUAAUGCCACUGUUGCCAUCAGCAGGAGCUCUGGAUGAGGUAUCUCGAACAGAAUUGUACUUUCAUUUUCUGUAUUCUACAGCAAAGGUUAACUCUUGCAACCGUAGAGCCCAACCGAUGAGUCUGGUUCUUCGUUUGUUGGUCUUGAACACCCACAGAUGGGAAGAAUGGUCAGUGACCACAGUGAAGUACAGUAUCUUCCUUCCAGGUAGUACCUCCACCAUUUCGAAAGCCCAGACAACUGCAAGGCACUCUUGCUCGGUUGUGGAAUAGUUUCUUUCUCCUCCCAUUUAUUGAACGACUGGUGAAGGCCAGCACUUCUUCAGUGCCAUGUUCAGUCCAUUGGACGAGGACAGCACCAAGUCCAACAUCACUUGCAUCAGGUGUAAACAACAAAAAGACAGUCAAAGUUGGGAUGACCCAAAAUGGGAGGCGUGACAAGGUGUCGUUCCAGGGUUUCAAAAGAGGUCUGGGAUUCUGCCGUCCAUCGGAACUUUGCUCCUUUCCUCUUCAACGUGUGAUUGGCACAGGGAAGUCUUGUACAGCCUUGGUAUUUUCAGGAUCCACAUGGAUGCUGUCAGAGGACACAAUAUGGCCAAGGACCUUCAGGGGGGUUUGGCAGAAGUUGCUCUUCUUCAUGUUCACCGUCAGACCAGCUUCUCUUAGCUUGUCCAACACUGCUUGAAGAUCUUGAAAGUGUUGUUUUCUGGUCUGUGAGUAGAUAAUUAUAUCUUCUAGGUAGACAAAACAGAUGAGUCUUUGGAAGGUGGCAAGCGCGUUGGUAGGAAGAGGAUAGGCAUCGGUCUGGGAGACGUUGUUGGUCUUCUUAUAGUCCACACAAAAUCUAAAACCACCAGUCUUUUUGGGGAUGAGGACAACAGGAGCAGCCCAGGGAGAGGAGGAACGUUCAAUUAUAUCUAGUGUCAACAUAUCAUUAAUGAGUCCCUUUUAGAUGAUGAGCUUUUGCUGGGGACAGAAGGUGGUGGGGCUUCUGCUUGAUAGGCAUUUCCUGUGUAAGGAAUAUUUUGUGCUUCAGGAGCCCGGGGCAUCUGGACAUACAUUUAUUCUAUUUAUAAAGUUAUUCUGCAGCUGUUCGAACAGCCUUAACUCCUCUGGUUGUUCCAGCUGAGCUCUUCUCACUGACUGUAAAGGAGAUCAUCAGCAGGAUUACCAGGGGCUCGCUGUACCGGAGUAAUGGCAGAGAAGACUGCCACACUUAGACCCCAAUCAUGUAGCUUCUGCUUGGAAAAAAUGCUUCUCGCUCUGAUUGUGUGGAAAAAGUAGCAAUUGUGUGCGAUGUCAAUCUGGACACCACUGAAGUACAUGAAAUCAAGUACCAGCACGACAGGAAAACCAAGGGUCUUGGAAAGCAGAAUAACAAACAGAAUCAUAUAGGAGCGGUUACACAGGUGGAACUCUACCUCACGCCACCCGAGUGGUCAUUUAGCCUCACCGUCAGCCAGAUACAAUGGACCUUCUGUCCAAGGCUAAAUGUUGUCCUGGGGACCUUUCACCUCCUUCCAUAGCUUCUCAUUGAGCAGCGUGUAGGAUGACCCGGUGUCCAGAAUGGCUCUUCCUGUCCAAGGGCCUAUGGACAGGGGUAACCCCAGCUGGUAUUGGCUGAAAGGAAGUCGAUGUCGAUGGGUCGUAGGCAGGGACUCUUGGGUUCAAAGCACUCAGAGUAGGAUGGCCAUUCUUGUGAUGGGAGUUGGGUGUGUUGACCUGUUGCGACUUGUUGUACGGCUUGUUGGUUUCUGGAGUGGUUUGCGUGAUACUGAUUUGGAAUGUCCCUUUUGCUACAUCUCCAACAGAACACCCGAGGGGUUUUGGCUGGAGACCCUGGCUGUGGUUGAUGGUCUGUCUUGGGUGACUGUUUGGGUGUCUGUUUCUCUCUCUGUUAAUAUUGCUGUUGGCAUUCUCCGUCCUUCUCAAACUGCUGUCCAAGUACAACCAGUCCAUCUACAGUGGGGACUCUUUCUCUGAGAUGACUGGCUAGUAGAGGGUUGAUGUUCUUCAAGAUCAACUUAAUGACCUCUUCCUCCUCAAUGCCAGGUUUCCACUGUCUGCACAGGGAGUGGUAACCGUACGCAAAGUCACGGAUACUCUCUCUCUCUCCUUGCUCUCGAUUCCUGACUCUGUCUGCCAGCUCAUCGGUGUAGUCCUCAGACAGAAAGGCAGAGGAAAACUUUGACUAAGUCAGCCCAGGAGGCAGUGGUGAGACGUGCCACAUCCCCCAAGCCUGAUGGAGGCCAUGUCAACAGACACAUCAUCUAACAUUUUACCACAUUUAGUGAGCUCUGUCUGUAGGAGGUCUACAGUGUUCACCAGCGAAGAGAAUACUGAGUCAACGUCCUUGGAGACCUCGGUGUGGUGAUGUUGCAGGUGCCACCGGUGAUGCUGGCUGAUGCUGGCUAUUUAUUGGGAAAUUAAAGGGGAAGCGCAGCCUCGGGAGGAGACGCACUGAGGCGAUUCAGACAUAAUUCAGGGCCGUCACAGUCUGUGUGCGUGCGUGCGUGCGUGAGCGUGAGUAUACACAUUAAUGGAAUCACUGCUCUCUCCGUAGAUUUCUCCAUCAUCUUUAUGAACAUCUAUUCUCCAUUACAGGGUUCCCCAAACUCGGUACUGUUGAACAGUACUGACCAAUAACUUGACCACCAGACAUUACAGGCAUUACUCUGCCAGCCAAGGCAUUAUGGGGUCGGGGAGCAUUCAUUGUAUGAAUCCAAAAUGGCACCCAAUUCUCUAUACAGUGCAUUACUUUUGACCAGAGCCAUAUAGAUUUCCCUAUGGGCCUUGGACAAAAGUAGUGAACUACAUAGGUAUUCGGGUGCUAUUUGGGCCGUAGCCAUUGUCUCCAUUAUGGCGGUGUGUGAGCAUUGAAAUGCUGCCUGCAUAAGUGUGAUUAUGAAAACCAGGUGUUUAAUGUAUCAUUAGCUGAACUAAAACCCCUCCAUCAUUUCUUCCACACACACAGAUACAGGCCAUUUUCUAGCUGAACCCAUUUCAUUUUAGUGCCCCAUUUUGUAUGGACUCUUAAGCAAUUGAUUUAGGCCUGUAUUCACAACCACAACGUUGCACAUAACUUUUUUUUACUUUGCUUGUUCGAGACUUCUUGUUUUGAAUGCCAGAACAUGAAUCAAGUAAUGAUUAUUAAUGUACGUGUUCUUUCAGUAGGAUUUGAGAAACAGGGCUCAUUGGCUAUGAGCGGUGCUGCUGUGAUGUAUUGCUUAUUAAGAUGCAGACCAUUCCUUGGGUUUAUUUGGUGAUUCAGUGCUUUUAUAUCUUGGCACAAGGCACCAUAUUAAAAACACAACAGCUAGCAAACAGGGAGCCUGUAAUCCUACUGGGGAUUUACUGUGUAAUGACCCCUCUUUUUAGCUUUCUUUCUUACUCUCUCUGUCUCACUUUUUUCCAUCCCUUUCUUUCUCUCUUUCCAUAUCCCCCCCCCCCCCCCCCCCUCUCCAUCCCUCUCUCCACUCCAGGAAGUCGCCACCAUGCAGUUCUGUGCCCACAAGUUGGACAAGAAGGACUUCUUUGGCAAGUCAGACCCAUUUAUGGUCUUUUACCGGAGUAAUGAAGAUGGGACGUGAGUUCUUAUUUUUUUCUCUCUCUCUAUUUUUCUGCUUGUUUUCUGGUUCUAAUAUCUUCAUUUUAUCAAACAGAUACAGUACAUGAGUGCUAAGCUGUCAGAUCAAAGGAUGGAGAGAAGAGAGAGAGAGAGAGAGAGA